ACUUUGAGGGACGCACACAGUAGCAGGCUGGCGGCACGCGUAAACAGGACUUUAAGAGUAGCUAAUGUCGCGGAAGUUUUAUUUUCAGGAGCUUUUCCGGAGCUCGUGAGUCCGCUCGGGGUUGAGCGAAGGCGGGUGUUUGUGUGGAGAGAGAAAGGCGGAUCCGGACCGGCGGUUUCAUUUCUGUAGUUCUUUUAACAUGGAUGCUAGCGUGGGAGCGGCUAAUGUGGCCUCAGGAGAUGAACCACAAGAGUUCGAAGUCCAGCAUGUAACGCAGGAGGAAGACCCGUACCUGGAUCCGGACCCGGACCUGGAUCUGGAUUCAGCUAAAACAACAGCAGAAGGUCUGAUACACAAGGCCCAGGCCGUGCAGACAGACAGCAUGACUGCAGAGUCCAGCGUCAACACGGAGAACGACUGGGAGAGCAAGGCGGCCGCCGUGUUUGAGUACAGCUCCACCCUGAUGGAGCAGCACAACAAACUGGUGAAGGAGCAGGAGGAGGAGGAGGUGGAACAUGAGAAGUACAAACAACAGCUGCAGAAGAGGAAGGAAGAGGCUACCCGCCAGCACCAGGCUCUUCUGGACAAACUGGAGUCUCUGCGAGUGAAACUGCAGCUGAACAACUCCAAGGCCACCAGGAAGAACUUCUUAGCCAAGAAAGCAGAAAUGAGCACAGAGAAAACCCGAGCAGAGGAGGAGAAGAACAGGCUGGCCAAAGAGCUGGAGGAGAGCGAAAGGAAGCUGACGGCACUCACUGAGGAGCAGAGCGAGGAACAGCGGAGGUGGCGGGAGGAGCUGGAGGAGCUGAGGCAGGAGAUGGAGCGAGUGAGGAAGGAGGUAGAAGAAUCCCAGCUGCAGGCCUUGCAGGACGAAGUCGCAGCCGUGGAGAAGCAGAGAGACGUGGCCGUGUCUCGCAUCGAAGCCUGGCUGAAAGAGGUGGGACAGUAUCUGAACACUCUCAGGCUGGAGUUUCCACAGCAGUAUUCUCAUGAGAGGUCGAAGUGGGAGAAGAAAGAAGGUUUGGUCCGGAGGAACCAGGCUGAGCUCCAGAGUCGCUUCAAGGAGGUUCUACAGCAGCUUCAGCAGGGUCGAGAGUUAGAGUCCCUCCCCAGGAUCAAUGUGCCGUCUCUGCCUCAGGUCCCCAUGGCUGAGCUGCGCUUCGAUCAGGUGAUGCAGUCGCUGGUUCGGCCACACAUCGGGACUCCGCCUCUUUCGAACCCAGUUCACCGACCCCUCCAACAGCAGAGGCACCCACACUAUUACCAGCAGCGGCACCAUCACCCCCAGCCUCCCCAGUACCGUGGCCCUUACCACCACCCAGCCCCCCAGCAAUACUUCCAACCCCCCCCAUCACUGCAGGACCAUCCUCCCCCUCAGCUUCUGCCCCACAUCAGAGGCCAAAUGAGGGUGACUCCCCCUCCCAGUCUGUCCCCGUCCCCCCCUUUUCAGCCUGCCCACCCUGUGGCGCCUUCCCCCCCUCCCCCCCCCUCAGCACCUGCUGGAAAACUGGACAAAGUCCUGGAGAAGCUCGGAGCAAGGUUCCCACAAUGCAACAGGGCUCAGCUAACAUCUCUGCUCCAGCAGGUGAAGAGCUCUCGCGGCACCUUGGCCGGCAUGUCCAUGGACGAAGUCAUCGAGCAGGUCGGCUUCAGGCUGGCCCAAAAUGAGAGGUCGGCCCCGGGGCCCAUUAGUCGGCCCACACCCCCGGGCCCCAUUCAGAGGCCGGCCCCUCCCAUGCAGAGAGCAGCGGCGGCAGCGCCACCAACUGGAGGUCACGCCGUCGGGGCCCGUAAACUCUGCCUGAUGUGCCAAAACCAUGUGGACCCAGAGAGCCGCCACCCACUCAGCUGCUCCCACACCAUCCACAGAGACUGCAUCCAGGUGUGGCUGCAGUCCAGCAAGAACAACUCGUGCCCCUUCUGUCCAGCAAAGUGACCGAAUAGACAGUAACACAUCUGUGCCAUUCCAGAUGUUCUGUCUCAUAAUCUUGUGAUAUAUUCAGUCUGUGGGACUCUGUAUCAUCUCUGUUUUCAGCAAACCUGUAACGAGGGUCUGAGGUCGAAUUGUUCAGUACUUCAGUUUGAGUUACAGAAAGGAGUCAGUCUUAAUGCAUCGUUCUGUCACAGGCUGAAACGUGUUUGUACAGCAUCGUGUCAUCAGUAAAGCUGUCUGCAUCAUA